GUUGGUAGCUAUUAAUAUAUACACUGCAAGGGAAGCGUAGAGAAAGGGAUUUUGGUGAACAUGGAGUCAAACUUACAGCCACAGCCAUACGUUGUUGAAGAUCGUUUCGAGGGUUUUAGAAAUUCGGUUGACGAAAUUCUCACAAAAGUUGAAAAGCUUGAGAAGCAAGUGGUCGAGGUUGAACAGUACUACGAAUCCGCUGGUAAUGCUCAAGGAAAUUGUUCUAAAGGGGGUUCGGUUGUAAAAGAGAAGAGCCGGGAGAAAAAUCUUGUUGGUACUAAAAAGCCGUUGCAAGAUGCAUUGCGUACAGAAACCGCUGCUGCAAAGAGGAUGCAGGAGCUAAUGCGCCAGUUUUCCACAAUAUUACGUCAGAUCACUCAGCACAAAUGGGCUUGGCCCUUUCAAGAACCUGUAGAUGUAAAAGGUCUUGGGCUUCAUGAUUAUAAUGAGAUAAUUGAGAAGCCCAUGGAUUUCAGCACUAUAAAAAAUAAAAUGGAAGCCAAAGAUGGCACCAGAUAUAAAAAUGUCCGGGAGAUAUACGCAGAUGUAAGGUUGAUAUUUAAGAAUGCAAUGAAAUACAACAAUGAAAAACAUGAUGUCCAUGUUAUGGCUAAGACCUUGCUUGAAAAGUUUGAGGAUAAAUGGCUGCAACUAUUACCUAAAGUCGCUGAAGAGGAAAAGAGACAAAUAGAGGAAGAAGCACAGGCACAACUAGACAUUCAACUUGCUCAGGAGAUGACUUAUGCCAAUAUGGCUAACGAUUUAGGCAAUGAGCUUUACGAGGUUGAUAUACAUUUGAAGAAACUCAAAGAAAUGGUCAUUCAGAAUUGCAGGAAACUAUCUACUGGAGAGAAGAGAAUACUUGGGACAGCUCUCACCAAAUUGUCUCCUGAAAACCUCAACAGGGCGUUGGAGAUAGUUGCUGAGAACAACUCAAGCUUCCAUCCUACUGGUGAUGAAGUGGAUCUUGACAUUGAUGCUCAGAGCGACUACACACUGUGGAGGUUAAAGCUUUAUGUGAGAGAUGCUCUUGAAAUUCAAGAAAAGACUUCGGGGGGCAUACCUGUUAAUGAUACUACUGAUGAUAAAAAAAACAAUAAAAGGAGGCGAGAAGUUUGUGAUUCUCUUGCCAAAAACCUAAAAAAGACUCGGAAACUGUCGACUUUAUGAUUCGCUGGUGCAGUGAUGAAAACUUUCAGAGUUGGAUGAUGCAGUAGGGCCACUGUGUAUCUUCUUCUAUAGUAAAAUAUGUGCAGCUAUGUUUAUGAAGCCAAUCACUUAAAUUUGCAGAAGCAUAGAAGCUUACAGAAGUAACCCAGUGGAGGUGCACACAACACCAAGUGAAAGGGAAUUUAUAUCAUUAUAAUUUAUAUACUUUUGGGUACAUAUUUAUAAGAAAUGAAAUGGAAUAUAAACUUGUCUUGUAUAUGUGACUGACUGUUGAUUAUAUGAACGCAUUUUGUGGCAAUUAUCCUUUUUAAUAUGUGCCAUUGUAAUGUAGCAUACUAACGAUCAUGGAUGAA